UUGGAAACGAGAGCUCUAAGUUACUAAGUUGCCCAGGCUGGGUUCUAAUUUGUGAUCCUCCUGCCUCAGCCUCUCAGAGUGCUGGGAUUACAGGCCUACCCCAUCAGGCCUGGCUAAUUUGUCCCUUCUUGACCCUCCGUUUCCUAUUCUGUAACUGGAUUGAUAGCCUAGUAAACCCUGCCAGAGUCUAGUAAGCCCUGCCAGUUAGGCGGUUGACAUGUUCGGCACAGUAAAUAUUCGUUGCUGUUAUCGUUUUUUGGACAGGCGAGGUGAAAGGAAACCUCCCUUAGGUCUGGGUUGAGGCCAAGGUGAAAGGUGCCAGACCUGGACCGCGUCCCUGGGUGGGGCUUGGGGGUGGAACCUGGUGACGGAAGCGUUAAACUGAGGCUCCGCCCCUGGGGAUUCGGGGAUGGUCUUUAGGCCCCUUUGUGGGAGCGACAGCCAUGGCAACCACUCAGCUGCGAGGACGGCUUCGGGCCGGGUUCCCAUUGGUUCACCCGGGUGGAGGAGAUUCCUUCAUCAACUGCUUACUGUAAACCUGGCUCUAAUAGAGCUUCCCGGACCCGGACCCUGCGCGGUGUGAUAGUGAGAGGGAUGAGUUCAGAGAGCGGCAGGGGACUGCCUGCAGCCGCACAGCACGACCCUUGCACUGACCCCUCCGUCCCGUCCACUGUGCAGUGUCGCCAUGCGUUUCCGAACACAGCUGAUGCUGCUGCUCUGGAAGAAUUUCACAUAUCGCAGAAGACAGCCGGUUCAGCUCCUGGUCGAGUUAUUAUGGCCUCUCUUCCUCUUCUUCAUCUUGGUGGCCGUCCGUCACUCGCACCCCCCAUUGGAGCAACAUGAAUGCCACUUCCCCAACAAGCCACUGCCGUCGGCGGGCACCAUCUCCUGGCUCCAGGGUCUCAUCUGCAACGUGAACAACUCUUGCUUCCCGAAGCCCACGCUGGGGGAGGAGCCGGGCUUCCUGAGCAACUUCAAUGAGUCCCUGGUGUCCCGGCUCCUAGCAGACGCCCGCACUGUACUUGGCGGGGCCGGUGCCCGCAGGACGCUGGCUGGCCUGGGUGCACUGAUGCCCACACUUAGGGCUGUCCACAGCGCAGCCCGGCCUCAGCAGGAUGAUCGGCAGGAGCGACCUUCCCUCAGCACUCAGCUACUGGGGACACUUCUGCAAGGGGAAUCUCUGAGGUCCAUCCUGAGCCAAGCACAGGAGUCCAUGGGCAGCUUUGUGGAAGCCGCAGAGGACCUGGCCCAGGAGCUCCUAGCACUGCCCAGCCUGGCGGAGCUUCGGGCUCUGCUGCAGAGACCCCAGGGGACAAGCGGCUCUCUGGAGCUGGUGUCCGAAGUUCUGUGCAGUGCCAAGGGGCCCAGCAGCCAAGGGGGCCUCUCUCUCAACUGGUACGAGAACGGAGACUUGAAGGAGCUGGUGGGCAUGGAGCAGGCGCCAGACCUGCCAGACCACGGCCUGAGCCCUGCCUGCUUAGAGCUGAUGGGGACACUGGGCGACCACCCGCUGUCCCGCCUGCUCUGGAGACGCCUGAAGCCGCUGGUCCUCGGGAAGCUUCUCUUUGCCCCUGACACGAAUUUCACUCGGCAGAUCAUGGCACAGGUGAACCGGACCUUCGAGGAGCUGGCCAUGCUGAAGGACAUCCAGGAGGUCUGGGGCGUGCUGGGACCCCAGCUCUUUGGUUUUCUGAACAACAGUGCAAAUGUGGCCAUGCUGCAGAGUCUCCUGCAUAUGCAGGAGAAAAGAAGGAAGCGGCCAGGACCUGGAGGCCGCACGGGGGCCGAGGCCCUUCGGUCUUUCCUGGACCCCGGCAGGGGCGGCUACAGCUGGCAGGAGGCGCUUGCUGAUGUGGACCGCGUGGUGCGCACGCUGGGCGGCGUGAUGGAGUGCGUGUCUCUGGACAAGCUGGAGGCCACACCCUCGGAGGCCGCCCUGGUGUCCCGGGCCCUUCAGCUGCUGGCUGAACGCCGCCUCUGGGCUGGCAUCGUCUUUCUGGGACCAGAGGACGCCCCCGACCCUGCAGAAGGGUCGGUGCCGGGACAGAGUCCUGGACACUUGCGAGUCAAGAUUCGCAUGGACAUCGAUGAUGUCACCAGAACCAAUAGGAUCAUGGACAAGUUUUGGGACCCGGGCCCAGCCGCAGACCCCCUGUCGGACCUGCGCUAUGUAUGGGGUGGCUUCGUGUACCUGCAGGACUUGGUGGAGCGGGCGGUCGUGCGUGUGCUCAGCGGCGCCGACCCCCGCACAGGCCUCUACCUGCAGCAGAUGCCCUACCCGUGCUACGUGGACGACGUCUUCCUGCGGGUGCUGAGCCGCUCCCUACCGCUCUUCCUGACGCUGGCCUGGAUUUACUCGGUGGCGCUGACCGUGAAGGCCGUGGUGCGCGAGAAGGAGACGCGGCUGCGCGACACGAUGCGCGCCAUGGGGCUGGGCCGCGCGGUGCUCUGGCUGGGCUGGUUCCUCAGCUGCCUCGCGCCCUUCGUCCUCAGCGCAGUGCUGCUGGUGCUGGUGCUCAAGCUGGGGGACAUCCUCCCCUACAGCCACCCGGCCGUGGUGCUCCUUUUCUUGGCGACCUUCGCGGUGGCCACCGUGGUCCAGAGUUUCCUGCUGAGCGCCUUCUUCUCCCGUGCCAACCUGGCCGCCGCCUGCGGAGGCCUCGCCUACUUUGCUCUCUACCUGCCCUACGUGCUGUGCGUGGCCUGGCGGGAGCGGCUCCCCGCAGGGGGCCGCGUAGCCGCGAGUCUGCUGUCGCCCGUGGCCUUCGGCUUCGGGUGCGAGAGCCUGGCACUGCUGGAGGAGCAGGGCGAAGGCGCGCAAUGGCACAACCUGGGCCGUGCGCCUGCUGCCGAUGUCUUCAGCCUAGCGCAGGUCUCGGGCCUCCUGCUGCUGGACGCUGCACUCUACGCCCUCGCCAUCUGGUACCUGGAGGCCGUGUGCCCAGGCCAGUACGGAAUCCCCGAACCGUGGAAUUUCCCCUUUCGGAGGAGCUACUGGUGUGGACCUGCACCCCCCAAGGGUCCUGCUCCAGCCCCUGCCCCACAGGACCCAAAGGUGCUGGUGGAAGGGGCACCGCCUGGCCUGUGUCCCGGAGUCUCCAUCCGGGGCCUGGAGAAGCGCUUCCCAGGUUGCCCGCAACCAGCCCUGCGAGGGCUCAGCUUGGAUUUCUACCAAGGCCACAUCACUGCCUUUCUGGGCCACAAUGGCGCGGGCAAGACCACCACACUGUCCAUCCUGAGCGGCCUCUUUCCGCCCAGCGGUGGCUCGGCCUUCGUCCUGGGGCAUGAUGUCCAGUCCAGCAUGGCGGCUGUGCGGCCUCACCUGGGCGUGUGCCCACAGUACAAUGUCCUGUUUGACAUGCUGACGGUGGACGAGCACGUGUGGUUUUACGGCCGGCUGAAGGGUCUGAGCGCAGCUGCUGUGGGCCCCGAGCAGGACCGGCUGCUGCGGGACGUGGGGCUCAUCCCCAAGCGGAGCACACAGACGCGCCACCUCUCUGGUGGGAUGCAGCGGAAGCUAUCAGUGGCCAUUGCCUUUGUGGGCGGCUCCCGUGUCAUUAUCCUGGAUGAACCCACUGCCGGUGUAGACCCUGCUUCCCGUCGUGGCAUUUGGGAGCUGCUGCUCAAAUACCGAGAAGGUCGAACACUGAUCCUCUCCACCCAUCACUUGGAUGAGGCUGAGCUACUAGGAGACCGGGUGGCUAUGGUGGCAGGUGGCCGCCUAUGCUGCUGUGGCUCACCACUGUUCCUGCGUCGCCACUUGGGCUCUGGCUACUACCUGACACUGGUGAAGAGUCCCCCGUCCCUGGCCACCAGAGAAGAGGGUGACAGUGACUGGAAGGACAGGCUGGGCACUGCACAGAAGCACGAGCCAGACAGCCAGGACAGCACAGCAGAUGCACCCCAACUCCUGAGCCUGGUGAGGUGCUGGGUGCCUGGGGCACAGCUGGUGGAGGAGCUGCCCCACGAACUGGUGCUGGCAAUGCCCUACGAGGGCGCCCAGGAUGGCAGCUUUGCCAGGCUGUUCCAGGAGCUAGAUAGGCAGCUGGGCACACUGCGGCUCGCCGGCUACGGGAUCUCGGACACCAGCCUGGAGGAGAUUUUCCUGAAGGUGGUAGAAGACAAUAGCAGGGACCUAGAACUGAUAGGAGCGGUGGCAGCUCCCCGACCCUUGAGCUCUCACCCUGGUCCAGAGCUGGAUACGACCUCAGGCCGAGUCUCCGAACCUGAUGGUAUGUCCUGGCCACAUGUGCCCAUGGCCACCCCACGGCUCCCAAAACUGCCCGAGGAGUCAGCCCUGGAGAAUGGAGAGCCCGCCGGGCUGGCCUCAGAGACACAGGCCCUGCAGGGUUCUGGGCCAGACAUCACAGGCCGGGUCCGGGGCUGGGCCCUGACCUACCAGCAGCUGCGGGCCCUCCUUCUCAAGCGCUUUCUGCUUGCUUGGCGCAGCCACCGAGGCCUGUUUGCACAGAUUGUACUCCCCGCCCUCUUUGUGGGCCUGGCUCUGGUGUUCAGCCUCAUCGUGCCUCCUUUUGGCCACUACCCAGCGCUGCAACUCAGGCCUGCCAUGUAUGGUGCCCAGGUGUCUUUCUUCAGUGAUGAUGCCCCAGGGGAUCCAGACCGGGCCCGUCUGCUCGAGGCACUGCUGGAGGAGGCUGGCCUGGAGCAGCCGGAAGUACACAACAGCUCCACCUGGACCCCCCAGUGUCUGCAGGGCCCAGCAUGCCACUUCUCGGUCCCUGAGGUUCCCACCGACGUGGCCAAGGUCUUGGCCAGUGGCAACUGGACACCAGGAUCCCCGUCCCCGGCCUGCCAGUGCAGCCGGCCUGGUGCCCGCCGCCUGUUGCCUGACUGUCCCGCUGCAGCCGGGGGACCCCCGCCACCCCAGGCCCUGAGCAGCUCAGGGGAAGUGGUGCAGAACCUGACGGGCAGGAACCUAUCUGACUUUCUGGUCAAAACCUACCCACAGCUGGUGCGCCAGGGCCUGAAGACCAAGAAGUGGGUGAAUGAGAUCAGGUACGGGGGCUUCUCACUGGGGGGCCGUGACCCAGGCCUGCCCUCUGGCCGAGAGCUAGGCCAUGCAGUGGAGGAGCUGCGGGCACUGCUGAGCCCCCAGCAUGGCGGGGCCCUCGACCGCAUCCUGAACAACCUCACCAUGUGGGCUCUUGACCUGGAUGCUCAGAACAGCCUCAAGAUCUGGUUCAACAACAAAGGCUGGCACGCCAUGGUGGCCUUUGUCAACCGAGCCAAUAACGCACUCCUACGCGCUCAACUUCCCCUGGGCCCUGCCCGUCAUGCCCACAGCAUCAUCACGCUCAACCACCCCCUGAACCUGACCAAGGAGCAGCUGUCAGAGGCUGCGCUCAUGGCCUCCUCGGUGGAUGUCCUGGUCUCCAUCUGUGUGGUCUUCGCCAUGUCCUUCGUCCCAGCGAGCUUCAUCCUGGUCCUCAUUGAGGAGCGUGUCUCUCGGGCCAAGCACCUGCAGCUCAUAGGGGGCCUAUCCCCAACUCUCUACUGGCUGGGCAACUUCCUCUGGGAUAUGUGUAACUACUUGGUGGCAGCAUGUAUUGUGGUCCUGAUCUUCCUGGCCUUCCAGCAGAAGGCCUAUGUGGCUCCUGACAACCUGCCUGCGCUCCUGCUAUUAUUGCUGCUGUAUGGCUGGUCGAUCACACCACUCAUGUAUCCAGCCUCCUUCUUCUUCUCUGUGCCCAGCACGGCCUACGUGGUGCUCACCUGUAUUAACCUCUUUAUUGGCAUUAAUGGCAGCAUGGCCACCUUUGUCCUUGAGCUCUUAUCUGACCAGAACCUCCAGGAUGUGAGCCGAAUCUUAAAACGGGUCUUCCUGAUCUUUCCCCAUUUCUGCCUGGGCCGAGGGCUCAUUGACAUGGUGCGGAACCAGGCCAUGGCUGAUGCCUUUGAGCGCUUGGGAGAUAGCCAGUUCCAGUCGCCCCUGCGCUGGGAGGUGGUUGGCAAGAACCUCCUGGCCAUGAUGGUGCAGGGACCCCUCUUCCUCCUCUUCACGCUUUUGCUGCAGCACCGAAGCCACCUCCUGCCACACCCAAAGAUGGGGCUGCUGCCACCCUUGGGGAAAGAGGACGAGGAUGUGGCCCGGGAACGGGAGCGGGUGACCAAAGGAGCCACCCAGGGGGACGUGUUGGUGCUCAGGGACCUGACGAAGGUAUACCGGGGGCAAAGGACACCAGCUGUGGACCGCUUGUGCCUGGGGAUCCCCCCUGGAGAGUGUUUUGGGCUGCUGGGGGUGAACGGAGCAGGGAAAACGUCCACUUUUCGCAUGGUGUCGGGAGACACGCUGCCCAACGGAGGCGAGGCCGUGCUGGCAGGCCACAGCGUGGCCCAGGAACCGGCCGCCGCACACAGCCGCAUGGGCUACUGCCCUCAGUCCGAUGCCAUCUUCGAGCUGCUUACAGGACGUGAGCACCUGGAACUAUUUGCACGCCUGCGCGGAGUCCCAGAGGCCCAAGUGGUGCAGACAGCCAGCUCCGGCCUGGCGCGCCUGGGGCUCCUGGGGUACGCAGACAGACCAGCAGGCACCUACAGCGGCGGCAACAAGCGGAAGCUGGCGACGGCGGUGGCUUUGGUGGGGGACCCAGCAGUGGUGUUUCUGGACGAGCCCACCACCGGCAUGGACCCCAGCGCGAGGCGCUUCCUCUGGAACAGCCUCCUAGCCGUGGUGCGGGAGGGCCGCGCUGUGGUGCUCACCUCGCACAGCAUGGAGGAGUGCGAGGCGCUCUGCACGCGCCUGGCCAUCAUGGUGAACGGGAGGUUCCGCUGCCUGGGCAGCGCGCAGCACCUCAAGAGCAGGUUCGGAGCUGGCCACACGCUGACCCUGAGAGUGCCUGCAGACCGGCCAGAGCAGGCAGCGGCCUUCGUGACAGCCCAGUUCCCGGGGGCGGAGCUGCGGGAAGCGCACGGGGGCCGCCUACGCUUCCAGCUGCCGCCGGGAGGGCGCUGUGCCCUGGCGCGAGUGUUCGGGGAGCUGGCGGCGCAUGGCCCUGAGCACGGCGUGGAGGACUUCUCAGUGAGCCAGACCACACUGGAGGAGGUAUUCCUGUACUUCUCCAAGGACCAGGGGAAAGAUGAGGAGGAUGCUGAAAAGGAGGCCGAGGUGGGGGUGGACCUGGCACCAGACCUGCAGUGCCCCAAACGCACCUCAAGCUGGUUUCUCGAUGACCCCAGCACUGUGGAGACAGUGCUCUGAGCCUUCUUGUCCUGGGGGCAGGUGGGAGCCCCCCAACGCCAGAAUAAAAUAGGCCAGGUUGCUGCGCAUGAUGGCAUAUGCCUGUCAUCCCAGUACUCAGGAGGCUGAGGCAGAAAGAUUGCUGAGAG